AGUAUCCUUCCCUCUCACUCGUCUAGACAACCUACUGAUGCGAGGAUCAUGAGCAUACCUUCUUCACACACUACAGUACUGGUAACAUAGCGCAGCAAGCCUUCCACUGCUGCUUCAGCCGGCACUACGGCGGACCAUAGACACGCAGCAGCAGCAGCAGACAUGGCAGCUUCUUCCUCUGCCAAGGCCCCUGGGGUUGCAGGUCACGGCGUUGAUGAGCCUCUCACAGAGGUCGAGGUCUCCGGUCCCGUCAACCUUACAGUGGCACAUCUGUCGGCGCUCUCAUCCCGCCUCUUCUUGUCCCACCUAUCCUCCAUCCCAUACUCGAAGACGCUCAUCCUCGACCCAACCUUGGCAGGACCUCUAGGCCUCGUUGUGGACACCAGCAGUCUCAAGAAUGUAGGUGUGGAGAGGAUGUUCUGGAUGGAGCAAAAGGACGGCGAAUUCGAAGAUGCAGAAGAGGAGAAGAAGGGAAAGGCCGUCAAUGCACCUACAAAGGCAGUUGUGUACGUCUGCAGGCCAGAGGAGAAGUGGAUCAAGGUCAUCAAAGCUCACAUCCGCAGCGACGAGCACAAGUCACCGUCCUCUCCAACGCACACAUAUCAUGCACUUCUGACUCCACACCGGACCGAGCUCUCGCUUCUGUCGCUCUCCCCAGUGUUGCCCAAGCUAGACCUGUACGACUUCGGUAUUGAGUUUGUACCUCUCGAGCCCGACCUCCUGAGCUUGGAGGAGGAAGGAGCGGCAUGGAAGGACCUCUAUAUCACCGGCGAUCAGACCGUCCUGCAUCGCAGCGCGAUGGCUCUCAUGACCUGUCAGAUGCUCUGGGGCUGCUUCCCAAAGAUCACCGGCAAGGGCAACUACUCGAAGCGACUGGCAGACCUGCUCAUGCGGCAGCGGAGGGAGCAUCUAGCUGGAGAUCCGACGAAUGCGAGUCUGACGACUUUGAGCACAGUGAUAGACGGUCUGGUCAUCGUUGAGAGGGGCAUGGACAUGGCUACGCCCAUGUGUAGUCAGCUCACGUACAUGGGACUGCUGGAUGAGGUCAUUGGUGUCAAGAGCGCUCAUGUCGAAGUCGAUCCUGCUCUCCUCAACACGUCCUCGACACCUCAAGGUCCGUCUUCAACCAGCACCUCCACCACAGGCAUAGUCACCCCUUCCGCCUCCCGCCCGCUCAAAAAGCACCGCCUCGACCCCACGACCGAUGUCCUCUACUCUCAAAUCCGAGACCUCAACUUUUCCACCGUGGGCUCCGUCCUACACUCCUUUGCGAAGCGGCUCUCAACUUCGUAUCAGGAUCGGCACUCGGCAAAGACCGUGAGCGAGAUGCGGGCCUUUGUGGGCAAGCUGGGUGGGCUGCAGAGUGAGCACACAGCUCUUCGCCUGCACACUGCUCUGACCGAGCAGCUGAUGGGAGAGGCGAACUCGGAUACGUUCAACCGCUCCUUGGAGAUCCAGCAGAACAUCGUUGCGGGCGUGAAUCUCAAUGCGCAGUUGACGGCCAUUGAGGAUCUCAUCAUUAUGGAGGCGCCAGUGACCGUCGUCCUCAGGCUCCUUUGCUUGCUGAGCACCAUUUCGGGCGGCAUCAAGCCCAAGAACCUCGACUCGCUGAAGAGGGACAUCUGCCAGACCUAUGGGUACGAGCACCUCACUACGCUCCUCAACUUGGAGCGUGCCGGCGUCCUGACAAAGAUCCGCCCACCAUCAGCAGUGAGCGCAGCCGCUGCCCCCUCGACCGCUGCAAGGUUCACCGGCUCUCUCUCCGGCGGCGUCGGCAAUGCAGGCGUAGGCGCGGGUGGUGUGCCGGCGUUCGAGCGGGUGCGCCAGCCACUACGUCUGAUCAACGACGAAGUUUCCGAAUCGGACCCGACGGAUGUGGCGUACGUGUACUCGGGGUAUGCUCCACUGAGUACACGAGUCGUGCAGGCCGUAGGGCAGAAAGAGGCCCUUGUCGGUACGCUCCAAAGCGCUAACAGCUCUGCGGCUGCAAAGAGCGGUGCGGGGGGACGAGGAGAGACACGCAGUAAACCCCGUGCGCACCCCCUCGUGGGAUGGAAGGGAUUCGAAGACGUCCUCGCAGCCAUACCGGGCGAGACGUUUGAUUUUGCCCAACCUCCCAACCUCAUCCGCACCUCUUCCAAAGCUCCUCCUCCCCCCGCUCCCACUCCCGCUCCCGCAGCACAUGCACAAGCAGGCGGUCCCGACAUGGCUCCCACCCCCAACCCGAACCCCAAUCCCAACCCCAGCGCCGUGGAAGACCCCUCUCCGCGCCCAGGCACCUCAAGCGAUCCCAACCUCCCCUGGUCUACCGAUCCGGACCGCCCUCGCACAACCGUGGUCUUCUACCUCGGAGGAAUCACCUAUGCCGAGAUUGCCGCAUUGCGAUUCAUGAGUUCACGCAGUCGGAAUAGGAGGUGGUUGAUUUGUACUACGGGAAUUGUUAGUGCGGGGAGGAUAUUGGAGAGUGCGAGGGGCAAGUAGUUGACGUGGUAGGAGAGGAGGAGAGGAGAAGGGGGGAGCGGACUAAUAGGCAUUCAGAGUAGAGAUAUGGGAAGGUGGGUAUAUACCAAAUCUUAUAAGUAUGGCGACGACGACUGAAAUAUAUAUAGCUACAACAAGACUUUGCCCUUUUUCUUUUUAUUCGACGACUGUUGACUGUCUGUAUCUUUCCUCCACUACGGGCGGGGAAUAGGGGGCGCUCUAUCCCUCCUUCCCUCCUUCCAUCAUUUCCUAUGGUAUGGCUGACCAGCAGCCACACACGCUGUACUCUGAACACCCUCUCCUAAAGGCAUCUUAACCCAUGUCCACCC